AGGACGUUUCCAAUUCUUGCCUUCUUCCAGCCGUCUAUAUUCGUGAGAUCUAGCUGCCACAAUGCAGAUCUUCGUGAAGACCCUCACGGGCAAGACCAUCACUCUCGAGGUCGAGUCUUCGGACUCUAUCCAAAAUGUCAAGGCCAAGAUCCAGGACAAGGAGGGUAUUCCCCCGGACCAGCAGCGUUUGAUCUUUGCCGGAAAGCAGCUAGAGGACGACCGCACUCUCUCUGACUACAACAUCCAGAAGGAGUCUACCCUUCACCUUGUCCUUCGUCUCCGUGGUGGUAUCAUCGAACCAUCUCUCAAGGCUCUCGCCUCCAAGUACAACUGUGAGAAGAUGGUCUGCCGCAAGUGCUACGCCCGUCUCCCUCCUCGUGCCACCAACUGCCGGAAGAAGAAGUGCGGACACACCAACCAGCUCCGCCCUAAGAAGAAGCUCAAAUAAGCGUGAAUGAUUUCGCUAUUGGGGUGUUUAGUAUGAUGGUGGCUCGGGCGUCAAAUGGGGAAAAUAAAGGACCGUAUAGUCCCUUCUGAUGUACACAUUUUUUCAUAUCCAUAACAUGUUCGAGUAUGCCAUC